CCACUCCAAGCAGCCUGUCCUGCCCUAAUGGCUUCAGGUGUGAGGAUGGGGAGGCCUGCAUCCUGCUGCCGGAGCGCUGUGAUGGGUACCUGGACUGCUCAGACAGCAGCGAUGAGAGGAACUGCACAGAUGACACAAUCGUGUACAAGGUGCAGAACCUGCAGUGGACAGCUGAUUUCUCUGGGGAUGUCACCCUGACGUGGGCUCGGCCAAAAAGGAUGUCCUCGAGCUCCUGUGUCUACAACAUCUACUACAGGAUGGUCGGGGAGAGCAUCUGGAAGGUCCUGGAGACCCACAGCAACAAAACCAACGGCGUUCUCAAGGUCCUCAAGCCCGACUGCAGCUACCAGGUGAAGGUGCAGGUGCAGUGUCUGAGCAGGGUCUACAACACCAACGACUUCAUCACGCUGAGGGCGCCCGAAGGACUACCAGAUGCUCCCCUGAACCUGCAGCUGUCCCUGAAGAGAGAAGCUGAGGGUGUGGUGCUGGGCUGGUGGAGUCCCCCUGUGAAUGCCCAUGGCCUCAUCAGGGAAUUCAUCGUGGAAUACAGCAGCAGUGGAUCCAAGGAGUGGUCAUCCCUCAGAACCACCAAGAACUACACGGAGAUCAAGAACUUGCAGGUCAACACUCUCUACACAGUCAGAGUCGCUGCAGUAACCAGCCGAGGGGUGGGAAACUGGAGUGAAUCCAAGUCCAUCACCACGGUCAAAGGCAAAGUCAUUCCUCCCCCUGUCAUCCACAUUGAGAGCUACACUGAGGACUCCGUAAGUUUCAGCCUAAAAAUGACCACGAAUAUCAAGGUCAGUGGCUACGUGGUCAACAUCUACUGGACAUUCGAUAGCCACAGGCAGGAACAAAGGACUCUGGUUAUAGAAGGAGAAAAGUCCAUCCAAAAAGUGGCCAAUCUGACAGCUCACACCCCCUAUGAAAUUUCUGCUUGGGCUAAGACAGAGCUGGGUGACAGCCCUCUGUCCUUUGUGCACGUGGUGACCAGUGGCACAAGGCCAGUGUCCCCCAGCCUCAAGGCCAAGGCCAUCAACCAGACGGCCGUGGAAUGCAGCUGGACAGGACCCAGGAAUGUGAUCUAUGGAAUUUUCUACGCCACGUCCUUCCUGGAGCUGUACAGGAGCCCCCACAACAGCACCACCAGCGCGCACAACGCCACGGUGCUGGUGCAGCGCGACGAGCAGUACCUGUUCCUGGUGCGGGUGGUGUCUCCCUACCAAGGGCCCCCGUCCGACUCCGUGGUGGUGAAGAUGAUCCCGGAUAACCGGCUGCCGCCGCGCCACCUGCACGCCGUGCGCACCGGCAAGACGUUCGCCGUCAUCAAGUGGGAAUCGCCCUACGACUCGCCCGACCAGGACAUGCUCUAUGCCGUGGCAGUUAAAGAUUUGGUGAGGAAAACAGAUAAAAUCUACAAAGUGAAAAGCCGGAACAGCACGGUGGAGUACACCAUAAAGAAACUGGAGCCAGGAGGGAAAUACCACGUGAUUGUCCAGCUGGGAAACAUGAGCAAGGAGUCCAGCAUGAAGAUCAACACAGUCCCCCUGUCUGCACCGGACGCCUUAAAAAUCAUCACUGAAAACGACCAUAUUCUGCUUUUCUGGAAGAGUUUGGCACUGAAGGAAAGUAAUUUCAAUGAAAGCCGGGGCUACGAGAUUCACAUGUUUGACAGCUUGAUGAACAUCACAGCCUACCUGGGCAACACCACAGAGAACUUCUUCAAGGUGUCCAACCUGAAGAUGGGCCACAAUUACUCAUUCAGCGUGCAGGCACGGUGCCUGUACGGGGGGCAGAUGUGUGGAGAGCCAGCCACGCUUCUCUACGACGAGCUGGGAACAGGUAAAGACCCCUUGGCCACCAAAUCGGGCCAGGCCACGGACGUGGCUGCCAUCGUGGUGCCCGUGCUGUUCCUGCUGCUGGUGACCCUGGGCAUUGGCUUCGUGGUGCUCUACAUGAGGCACAGGAGGCUCCAGAGCAGCUUCACUGCCUUCGCCAACAGCCACUACAGCUCGCGCCUGGGCUCAGCCAUCUUCUCCUCGGGGGAUGAUCUGGGAGAUGAGGACGAUGAAGCCCCAAUGAUAACUGGAUUUUCAGACGACGUCCCCAUGGUCAUCGCCUGAAGCUCAUUUCUGACUGUACAAAACCAAAUGGUGUAAAUAUUUUAUUUGAUAAAAAUAGUUGAUUGUUUAUUUUAAAAAUGCACUUUGAGUUGCAAUACGUUAUUUUUAUAUGGGCCAAAAAAAGAAAAAAAUAAUAAUAAUUUUAAGAAUACACUUUGUAGUAAUCAACUGUGAAUUGCAGACUAGGUUGGUUGAGUAACAAAUUGCUUUGAUUUAACAUUAAUUUAGUCUUACAAGGCUAUGCUUGCUGGGCAUGCUUUUAAGUCUGUGAGAUAUUUUCCGUUGACUAAAUUGGCUACUCAUUUUAUUUUUCUAAGACAAGAAUAAAUUUAUUUAAAAAAAAAAGAAAAAUUCAGGAGAUUAUAUAUGUAGAGAGAGAUAAUAUAGUCCCUGAAGGUUUUGCUUUUACUUUAGGACAAAAAAAAAAAAAAAUCCUUUGGACUUUGUUUUAUAUGAAAGUAUUUUUGUUGUGUUAAUUUAUUGGGAAAUCUGGUGAGGAACAGAUUUCCAGAGUCGUCAGACAUUGUACACAUUCUUGUGUAGAACAUGUGCCACUUUAUCUCGCAAGGCAGUCGUAUCUUGGCAUCCCCAUCAUUGUCCUUGCCAUGAUAACAAAACCCCUCAUUUUCACUGAGUUUUUCUCCCUUUUAAAGACCCAAUCUUUGAGCAAUCUUAAAGUACAGCAGCAUAUUUUUUUUAGAGGUGAUUUUUAGCUUCCUGCUGUUGUAGGAAGUCAAAAAUCUCCCCACACCAAAUGUGGGGAUUUGCUGCUGCUGCCCCUGCCCAUCACAUGGGGCUUGAUUAAUCUGGAGCUUACAACCACCACAUCACUGGAACAAAAAACUGCCACUUGCACCUUAAAACUCAUUUUCCAGGUAUUUUUAGGAUGUCCCUUCUCCGUGGAGCUUCCCUCAGAUGCCAGCACGGUGGUGGGAUGGAAGGGGGAAUCUCCAGUGUGUGCAAAUCCAGAUUUUCCACACUCACCCAGAGCAGUAAUUACUGAAAAUUUAAAUUAAUUCGGCCCACAGCAGGGAUUUGAUGCUCCCUCAUCAGAGUUUCCUAAAAGCAGCUGUAGUUUUACCUACAGCUUUGGAAAUAAUAUAAAUAUACACACACACACAUACAUGUUAUUUUCUCAUCUCACAUUCCCAGCAGACAAAAUACUGGCUGCAGAGCCAAAUGCAAAGAGUCUGCUUGCCACUUGUUUGGAGCUUUGAUUUUGUGACAGCAAAAUGUGAAUUUCACCAAAAAUUGUGAACCUCACCACUACCUGCCAACCCAGGGGCACGACAGGAGAGGAUGUUCAGGGCUCUCCCCUGGCUGUGCUCGAUAUAUGCAAAACUUCUCACCAGGAAAUGCAGCACACUGUCUUGUCACACUGUUUUUGUGAAAAACAAAAGGUAUUUUUGCUGUGUAAAUUAAGUUAUAAUUGCAGUCUUCCUACAGAUGAAACGAGAGAGGCCAGCUAUGUUUUGAUACGCGACUGAUCCGUUUAAUUUCACAAUAGAAAAAUGUAUAAAAAAAAAAAAAGUUGAGGUCUGGAUGGUUUGAUACUCUA